GGAAGUUGUCCAAAGCUGUUGAGAGUGACCGCGAGAAUGGGGACUCUAGUGGAAGGGUCAAACCUCUUCGCAGGAACUCACUGACUGGGGAUAUGCUUUUGUCAGCCGGCGAAUCCUUGUGGUCUGGAUUUGGAAUCUUUUCCUCGGCCAAUCUACCAAAGACAUUGUCCGCUGGACGCGACCAGCAUCUCCGCCUGUGGUUAAAGUGGAGGUGUUUUACAACUCAGAGUACAGUAUGCCGUCAACGCAUGCCAUGUCCGGGACCGCCAUCCCUUUCUCUCUCUUCCUACUCACGUAUGGACGCUGGCAGUACCCUUUCCUGUUUGGCUUGAGUCUGGCCAUCUGCUGGAGUUUCCUCGUCUGUGUAAGCAGAGUCUACAUGGGCAUGCACUCUGUCCUGGAGGUCAUCACUGGCUUUCUAUACAGCCUGCUGAUCCUGGCCGUCUUCCAAUCAACGUUGGACCAGAUUGACAGUUUCUACCUGACGAGCCACCAUGCACCACUAGUCAUUGUCAUCCUGCACGUAGGCUUAGGCUUCCUGGCCUUCACCCUGGACUCAUGGAGCACCUCGCGGGGUGACACAGCGCAGGCUCUGGGCACUGGGGCCGGGGCUGCCCUGGCCUCCCACCUCAACCACCAGCUGGGCCUGCUGGCCGACCCACCACUUUCCUCCCUGCCCCUGGCACUGCCCCCCCUGAGUGCCGCCCUAUUGGCCCGCUCCCUGCUGCGCCUACUGCUUGGGGUGGUCGUCCUGCUUGCCACCCGGGCUGCAAUGAAAGCAGUCACCAUUCCGCUGGCCUGCCGGGUGUUUGGGCUGCCUGCUGGCGAUGUACGGCAGGCACGGCAGCACAUGGAAGUUGAGCUAUCUUACCGCUACAUUGUCUAUGGCACUGUGAGCUUCAGCUGCGUCUGUCUGGUUCCCCUCCUCUUCAGCUACCUGAACCUCUCCUGAACACACUCGAUAAUCUGCUAAUCAGCCUCCUCCCCUUGUGCUUAAACAGUACAUAUGUACAGCAGAGACAUGGCCACAUGCCUAUUAUAUUACGGUGAUAAGAAGACCGGGAGACUAAAAAACAAAUGUCAACUCUAAACGUGUUCACCAACUUUUUUGGGAGGGGUUGUCUUUUUCAUCUCUGUCACCAGUUGUCAUGUUGUCUCAGUCUGUGCCGUUAAAAGUAAGCCCAGCUAGCACAUAACGUUCUGAGAACCAUAUGUUUCUUAGAGCUUGGUGAGAGUGUGGUUGUCUCGUGGUUAUUUUGCAUACAACCUUCCCACAAGUUUCUGGGAAUGGCGCAUGAUAGUUGCUUGGCUUUGAAACAUUCUCAGCACAUUUAAGGAACUUUAUGUGCUGAGAUAUUUCAUUACUAUAACAGAAAGUUUCCCAAAAGUUCAAACAUGGUUACAUUUAAAUUUUGGUAAAGUUUUAGGAACGUUCUCCAACUGGUUUGACAUUGGGUAUGUUCUCAAAUAGUUCAGAGAACGUUCUUCUGUAGGAAUUUCAGUACUUCAGCAUUACGUUUCCUCAAUGUUCUAUUUAAAGCAAUGUUCUCAAACUGUUCUCGAAUGUUAUUUAAAAAAAUAAAUAAUAAUAAUUCUGUUCUCAGCGUCAACAGCAUCUUUGUUAAGUGUGUUGGUCGCGCCCUCUAAUUGGCCACACCUGAUCUUAAUGAGUGCUUGUUUCCUUUGAAAUGGGUUCCGUUUGAAUAGACUAAAAUCAACAGCGUUGUAUGAGUAAAAAGUGGACUAAUUCCAUGGAUAGAAAACACAAGAUCAUAGGUUUGAAUCUCAUUGACGCCAUGCCACAAAAAAUAAAUGUGUUCGCAUGAUUUAAUGCCUACGCAAAUUAAUGUCCAUGUGUUCUUCCUGUGCUCGGAGUUCAAAACAGUUAAACUAAGCUAGCAGUGUUAUUAAAAACUCUUAUUGAAAUAUGUUCUUUGAAUGUUAUUUAAUUAAGUUAAAAUCAGAAUGUUAAUAAAACCUCCUGGGAAACUUUCAGGGAACCAUAGUAAAAUGUUCUCAGAACCUCUCUGCUACCUAAAAAUGUAUGUUCCCGGAACAGGCAAAAAUGUUCACUUCUGUUCUCAGAACGUUUAAGAAAUGUGUUUUACUGGUCAGGAAAUUUAUGGUUUCAUUCCCAGAACCAAUAGGAAACCAAAAACGUGCGUUCCCACAACUUCCAAUGAACCAAACGUGCUAGCUGGGAGGUGUUUGUUUUAUAUCAGCCAAAAUCCAUCUCCUCUUGAUUACGCUCUGCUCCCAACAGAAGGCCCUUUAAUAGAAACACAGAUACUGGCCCCAGUCUUUUCAAAACAUUUAAGCCAGAUCAAAACGAUCCUGUGUUGUUCAAUUCUGCUCCCCGUUCAGAUGUAGUCCCUCAUUUUUGUAUGUAGUUUUUAAAAGACACUGAAGCAAAUCUCUAACAUAUCACAUGUGCUACAACAAUGAUGAUCCCAUGAGAUUUGGGUAGACUUUUUAAAAAAAAAUUAUGUGUGUAUCUUUCUAACAUUAAGGGGAACAAAGUUGAUUGUGGAAACAGGAUUGAGACAAAAUAUCCCCUCUGUUCCAUACAGGCCCUUAUCCUGCUCACUACAUCAAUAUUAUUUACCCUUGAAACAAUAAACUGGACUCAAUUCCAACCCCUACAAGUGCAGUUUGAUGUCAUUUCAGUUAUCAUUUUCCCUUGGAUUUAUAUUUUUGUUCAUAGGAACAUACCACAAAAAUGGCACCUUACCAUUUGAGAGAGACCAUGCCCCUGGAUGUUUUUCCCCUCUCAGAAAUAUGUGAGAUUUGCAACUUGCAAGUGGAAGGAACACUUAUAAAUUGAAUAAUGCAAGUAUGUAAAAUGUUUAAUACAUAUACAGGUUGGGCAGAGUAGAGCAUGGUGGGAUGUGGAGGCAUGGGCAAUGAAAUGUGGCAUUCAGAGCUUGAGUUAUGUGGUUGACUAAACAGUCGAUUAUACUCACUGUGAUCUCAAGGCAUGAUUAUUGGGGCAUUAAUCUGAUGUAAUUACAAUGGUUGUGUUUACACACGAGGCCUACUAAUAAGAUUUUGUUUCAUAUUCAAUCCUUUUGUCUGGCUGUCCACAUUCAGUUUUACACAUUUACAUUGCACAUACACAUUGAUGCUGCCUCUGAAAUAGCACACAGACGCAAUGAUCAUUUACUGUCACUGUUCCUUUCUAUCUUUUGGUGAUUUUUUUUCUAUGUUAUGUUAGGUCUUUAGCUAAACCUCUUUGGUUUUAUUUAUAAGGUAGACUACUGUAACAGUUUUGUGAUAUCUCUGACGGGCUGACAUGCUUGCAACCAAGAUCAGGGUUUGUUCCUACCUUGUGACACUGAGAAUGACACAAAAAAAUCAGUUGAGAGCAAAAACAUCUGAGCGUCCAGACUCCGGUCACAUGUAGAGCAUUGGAAAUGUACAGGAUUUGGAACUCAAAAGAUCAGGGACCUCAUUUAUAAAACAUUCUUAUGCACGUAUUUGAUUGUACAUUUAGCUUACAAUGAAAUCCACAACAGAUUAUUAUUUAAAAACCUUAAUGUGUGUACUUCUAAGUAAGCAACAGACCAUGCUUACAACUGUAUUGCAAGCAAGAUGUCAUUUUGCUCCUUUGGACAAAUGGAGGUGUAUGCCAUAGGUUAUUAUGUCAACACACAUGAUCCAGUACAUUUCAUUCAUAAUCAAUUAACUGUAAGGAUGUUGAUCUUAGGAUUUGUGGUCUAUGAAUAAAUAUUAUAAUGGUUAUAUUAAGACAAAAACAGGAAAAUGAAAUAAAUUGUUGUCCACUUCAUGAAACAAUUUGGUGAGUUGGUGAAAGCACAGUAUGGGAAAAUGUUAUUUUAAAUUUUUAUCUUAAUAGUAUUGCAGGAUAAUUCUCGUCUGUUCUUACAUGACAAGCUUAAAUCUGUAGUGCCAAAUGCAACCAACAUUGGCCACCAUAUUACCACAAGGUGAUCUCUCGCUAAACCAUCAAUUCACACUAAGAUCACCAGCACAGGGAUCUCAAUUACUUUCAACAUUUCCUGUUGCCUUAAAGUCGAGCUACGCGCUAGGUUGGUGUGAUCUUCGUCUGCUUUCGCCCAAAAUGGUUCACUUUUUUUCUUGACAGGGUAUUAUUUGUGGUAUACACCUGGUCAUUGAGCAGACCAAGCGCAGAUUUACCUAUUUGACAAUCAUUCCGUACAACUGAAAUAAACAAUUUCCUAAUUUUCCA